AUGAGUAUAUCCGCUACGAAUUCUCCAUUUCCAGCACACUCUCCGACACCUGACCAAGAGGGCUCCCUGGGCCUUACAAUGGACUCGGAAUCUCAUAUCAAUAUGUUUCAAAACAUAAUUCCUAAUCCAAUAUCAGUCUCGAGAGAUUUAUCAAAUGGGACCGCAGUCGGUGUUAAUGGGUCUACUAAACAACCUACACAAUAUUCGUUAGUGAACUUGAAUGUCUUCCAAACGAUACCAAAGGAAACUACUCGUGGUGUAGAUGACUUAACAAGAAUGAAAAUGGCUCUCAUAAGUGGAAUUCCUGAAGAAUUAAAAUGGGCUUUGAAAAAAUAUUUGGCUUAUAGUAAUAAGGCUCCAUAUAUGAUUAGUUUGAAGACUUUGCCAGAUCUAUUACCCUUGUUUAAAAGAUUCAUCCUUGACUUACAACCUUUGAUUGAAAACUUUAACUCUCCAUCCAUUAAUGAUGCCGAAUCUAUGGAUAAGCUACAAUGUGGAAUCAAUAGUAUUUUAAUUUUGAGGAAUUUAGCACAAGAUACUGAUUCCAUUCAAGUCUUAGUAGCUGAUCAAGAAAUACAACAAUUUCUUUUGUUUGUACUACAAAAAUUUGAAUUAAUUGCAAUUGGUGACCCAGAUUGGCAAGUGUUCGAAUCAAAUUCCUCAUCAUUUAACGAAUUGGUCCAUUAUACCAUUGAUUUAAUGGAAGGUAUAUCGUCCUAUAUUGCUCCAGCAAAGAAGGAUGAUUUAUAUUUUAAAACAUUAGUUUCCAUUUUGAACUAUACUAAGGAUAGAUACAUGGUAAUUUCUAUACUAAGGUCCCUAUCAAGAUUAUUGGUAAGAUCAAAGGAAGAUGAAGAGAGUGCCGCGGAUAAUCUCGAUAAACGUACAUUAACUUUAAUUGUCUCCUUCCUUUUAAUUGAAAAUGAUAGUGAAUUAAUUAUUGCAUCAUUAGAUUUCUUGUAUCAAUAUAUCCUACCAGGGAAUCAAAGAAUUUCAGGUUUAUUUAAUGAUGAUGAAAGAUUUUCUUUAUUUACCGCGAUGCUACCGAGAUUGUUAACAUAUAAUAUUGAUUUACCACCAUAUUCUAAAUUGGAAUCUACAGAACUAAGGUUGGCCACAAGAAUAAGACCACCUGCUCCAACAGUAGUACCUGAAAUUGGUGAAGACUUAUUUCAAGAAUUAUUAACCUUAAAUGAACCAAUGAGAUCAUCAGCAUGGUUAAGAUGUUGCUUUGAACCUGUUGAUGAUGCUGAGUUUACUCAAAUUUUACUUUGGAGAUCAUAUGAGGGGAAAUUUUCUCAACCUGUUCGUGCUUCUGGUAGAAAACUAUUAGCAGCUGUCGAGUUCAUUAAAAACGUUUCUAAUGCAUUUAAUGAAGCUGCUGCCAUGGUGAUCACAGAUCCAAGUACUGGCAAUAAAAGAUUCGUAAUUAAAGGUAUUCAACCAAGAGUUAAACCAGUUUCCAUUGAAGAAGGCGAACUAGCCUCUAAGACUGUUGUACCUGGUUUGAAAAGUAAGUUUUUAAAUGAUCCAUCUAAUCUAAUGCCUGCAACACAAUGUCCCCUACCUGAAAUUGAAUUCCCAACAACUUUAUCAGAUGUCUCGAAGGUUACUGCCACAUUCUUAUGUUUGGUUUCAAAUGAUACAAAGGGACAUGGUGGGACGCUGUGUAAACAUAUUAAACCAAUUAUAAUCCAUAAAUUAGUAGAUGUGCCCCCAUUAAUGCCUGCACUUUCUGAAUACAUGGAUAAUACCCCAGAUUUGUAA